GCAACCUCGCCCGACAAAUCGUCCUAUCAAAACCCUCAAGCUUGAUAAGGACCCUCUUAACCACACACUUUAUUUGACGUUCGGAUCCACCAGAACAAUGCAUAUUUAUCUUAAGCAUUAACGUAAUAUUCCGUUUUGUACUUCUGUUUUCUUUUAAUACGACAACAACAUGGACUUGUACGGGAAGAUGGCUGCUACUCAGGAUGCAAAAGGGAAGGGGGAGGGCGGUGAUCAAAACUUCGACUACAUGUUCAAGCUGCUGAUCAUCGGCAACAGCAGCGUAGGAAAAACCUCCUUCCUGUUCCGCUACGCCGAUGACGCCUUCACUUCGGCCUUCGUCAGCACCGUGGGCAUCGACUUCAAAGUGAAGACGGUGUACAAAAACGACAAGAGGAUCAAGCUGCAGAUAUGGGACACAGCCGGCCAGGAGCGUUACAGGACCAUCACUACUGCCUACUACCGCGGCGCCAUGGGCUUCAUCCUCAUGUACGACAUCACCAAUGAGGAAUCCUUCGGCGCUGUACAAGACUGGUCAACCCAGAUAAAAACAUACUCAUGGGAUAAUGCACAAGUGGUUUUGGCUGCAAAUAAGUGUGAUAUGGAAGAGGAACGAGUGGUGUCGGUGGAUAGCGGCAGGCUGUUGGCGGAACAGCUGGGCUUUGAGUUCUUCGAGACGAGCGCCAAGGACAACAUCAACGUCAAGCAGACCUUUGAGCGCCUCGUCGACCUCAUUUGCGACAAGAUGUCCGACAGCUUGGACGGCGACCCGGCCGUCACCGCGGGAGCACCCACCGCCAAACUGACUGACAGUGCUCCGCCCCCUCAGCAGCCCAGCUGCAACUGUUAGUUCUACUUCGUGUACUGUGUUCAUGCCCCCCAUCCCCAAACCCAGCUCCCUUGGACCGUUUAGUGGUAGACUUACUAAAAUGCUGCCAUACUAACCUGUGUCACAUUCUUACGUGAGCAAAUAAGAAGUUACAGGAUGUGUUCUUAGAGAAACUGAUAACCUACAUGUUUGUUGUCCACUUCAUCAUAAAGCAUCCAAAUGUAACUUAAACCCUUAGUGACUACGUCAUGUAACUUCAAUUUAAAGGAGAUAUAUUAUGCAAACGUUUUCACAAUCUUAAAUGGUUGCCAGAUGUCAUAAUGACAUCAUCUGACAUUUUCCAUCAACAUACUGAAAGGAGAAAUUGCAGCACGCUAAUAUGGUUAAAAUUAUUGUUAUGGCUUCCGUUUCCAUGUGUGAGGCACUUCAGGCACUCAGUGUUGCUAAAUGAUCAACUUGCAUUCAGCAGACAUUACUUGUCUGACCCCUUAACAGAUUAUUUAGUAAAAAAAAAAAUUGAUUGACCAAAAA